AUGUCUGCUGACGUCAUGUCACAGCGCCGAGUGGCAUCAGCGUUACUGUGCAUGCCUCCAGAGUGCUUUGAGGACGGACGCCCACAGGAGCACGCUUCACCAGAAGAGACCGGGGUGCAUCAAGUGGAUUAUCUUCUCCUGACCUCCAUGGCUUAUGAUCGCUAUGUAGCCAUCUGUAUCCCCAUGCGCUACUCUCUCAUCAUGCAGAAAUACAUAUGCCUUCUUCUUGCCUUUGUUCCCUGGAUCAUUGGUGCUACAAGUGCAUCCAUGUUUUCUUGGCUUGUUUCUAAUUUAUCAUUUUGCGACCAUCAAGAAAUCAGUCAUUUCUUUUGUGAGCUUAAAGCCAUACUGGAGCUCUCUUGCAGUGGCACUGGAAAUAUUAAAAUUGCAUUAAUUGUAGUAUGUAUAGCUUUUGGACUCAUACCCUUUGGUUUAAUUUUGAUCUCUUAUGGAAACAUUAUAUAUUCUGUCUCAAAGAUCCGAACUUCAGCAGGAAAACUCAAGACCUUCUCCAGCUGCUGCUCCCAUCUCACAGUUGUGGUUCUGUUCUGUGGGACGUGUUUAUGUUUGUACAUGAAGCCAGAUUCUGGGAAUCCCCAAGAAAUGGAUAAGCUGCUGUCUCUACUGUAUGUGGCUAGAGAGAGGCUUAAUUUCAAGGUGUGCCAGAAUGCGAGAAGAGAAUGUGUCACAAGUGAGAAGCGGUGGAGGAACUUGAACGAGGAGAGACAAGAACAAGUAGAAUAUGAGUAA